AGCUUUAGCUAAAGCCUAAAGCUAUGUCUGUCUACAAGGGCUACUAGCUGUAUAUACAUAAAGCUUUACAAGACACUACCUAGCAGUUUAUCAGCAACGACAUUCUUGGUUACCCUACAACCUAACUUUAUCAUCUCACUUUCCCGAUAUAGAAACCCCCUCUCUUCUUCCUCAUCUCACUUUCAUUAUAUAAACAAACCAACCCUCUUCCCCCAUUUGUUCAGAAAUUAAACAAGAUCCAAGGACCUAGAAAUUUUCAAAGAAAGAAAAAAAUAGAGAAAAUUGAGAGAGGAAAUAUGGGUCGCGGGAAGAUUGAGAUCAAGCUGAUUGAAAACCACACAAACAGGCAGGUGACCUACUCCAAGAGAAGAAACGGGAUUUUCAAGAAGGCUCAGGAGCUCACCGUCCUCUGUGAUGCCAGGGUCUCUCUCAUCAUGCUCUCCAACACUGGUAAAAUGCACGAGUAUAUUAGCCCUACUACCACGACCAAGAACAUGUAUGAUGAUUACCAAAAAACUUUGGGGGUCGAUCUGUGGAGCUCACACUACCAGGCAAUGAAAGACACCUUGUGGAAACUGAAAGAGAUCAACAAUAAGCUGAGGAGAGAGAUCAGGCAGAGGGUGGGUCAUGAUCUCAAUGGCCUGACAUAUGAUCAGCUGCGUUCUCUGGAGGAUAAGAUGGCUUCUUCCUUGGAGGCCAUACGUGAAAGGAAGUACCACGUGCUCAAAACUCAGACGGAGACCUGCAAGAAGAAGGUGAAGAACUUGCAGGAAAGAAGAGGAAAUAUGCUACAUGGUUAUUUUGAUCAGGAAGUAGCCUCUGAGGAUCCACAAUAUGGGUACGUGGACAAUGAGGGAGAAUAUGAAUCUGCGGUUGCAUUGGCAAAUGGGGCGUCCAACUUGUUCACUAUCCACCUCCACCAAGACAUCCGUGACCACGCUAACCUCCACCACCACGGAGGAAGUUCGCUUGGCUCCUCCAUUACUCAUCUGCACGAUCUGCGCCUCGCUUGAUCGAUCCAUGGAUGAUUAAUUGCCACUAAGUAAUUAGGCAAUGACUUAGACUUGGUAAUCUUUCUAAAAAUAGAAGCAUAUAUAUAUAUAUAUAUAUAUAUAUAUAUGAUCAUGUUUUAUGAAACAUUAAGAGAAUGGCCCCAAAGAACUGAAAUGAAUUUGAGUGCCCUUCUUGCUUGUGGGUUUGUUUGUUUGUAUAAUGUUUGUAUUCCAUAAUGUAUCUUGACUGACACUGCUAUUGAUAGUGUUUUGAGUGUGAUCUUGAUCA